GUGCAGGGUGUGUUUAACACCGUCUCUGCUGCCUGUAAAACAGAAAUCACUAGAAACACAACCGCACUAACCCUGACCUCUUUGGUUAGACACAACUGAAGACUUAAAGAAGCUGAAUUUUGGAUGCAAUUUUAGACUUAAAUCUCAACCCUAAAGGACCAGAGUUGGGACAUCUGAUAGCAUCAUAAUGUCUUAUGAAAGGAUUCUGGCAAUCCAAAAUCUGAACGAUGUCCAAAAUCCGUGGAAGGGGGUGACUAUGAACCGCUGCAUAGUGCUGGCACUGGUAGUACUGCUUGUGAGUUCAGGGGUCAAUGAAUUGCACGAGACUCUGGAUUCCCUUGUUGACGACAAAGCUAUAAGCUCUUUCUUGGGAAGUCUGCAAGAUGGUUCAAUAAUUCAGAUCUCUGUAUGGGACAAUGUCAUGAGUUGGUGGGGAUCUGAAGAAGUUGGAGCGAUAAGAAAAAGAAAAAAGCCGAUCGGCAAUAAAAUCCUGAAACCCAAAACUAAAGAAUAAAUUUGUAUACAGCUAAUUC